GCUCAUGUCUGUCUUUACUAGCAAGAAAAUAUUGACACUUGUUCUUACCCUUAACGAGAAAGAAAAGAAGAUACUUUUGGGCAUGAAAAAGCGUGGUUUUGGUGCUGGUAAAUUCAAUGGCUUUGGUGGUAAAGUAGAAAAAGGAGAAACGAUUGAACAAGGUGCUAAGCGAGAAUUAAUGGAAGAAUGUGAGAUUGAAGCCAUUGAUUUAGAACAAAAGGGUCUUUUAGCCUUUACUUUUGAAAAUGACCCUGUCGCUUUAGAAACCCAUAUUUUUAUCACUCGAUCUUUUCUAGGUGAACCUAAAGAGACAGAAGAAAUGAAGCCUCAGUGGUUUUCUUUCCAGGAUAUCCCAUUUGAUCAAAUGUGGACAGACGAUCGUUACUGGUUUCCAUUUUUGCUUGACAACAAGACAUUUGCAGGUCAUUUUCACUUUGCCGAGGACCAAAAAAGCGUUUUAAAACAAGACUUACAUGAGCUAGAAAAACUCCCAGCAGGUUUCGAUCUUGAUCAUGCCUGCUUACUUUAAAUAAUUACUGUUUUUGUACUUGUUCUUUUUCCUUCUUUUUUCUCUUUUUAUCC